AAAACGAAAAAAAAAAAUGAGACCAAAAAAAGGCUGUAAUAAUAAGUGAAAUAAGAAAGUGGACAACUAAUGAACUUGGAAGAAACAGUUGUUUUUUCGUUGAUUUCAAAUCAAAUAAAACGGCCCAUGGCUUCUCUCUCUCUCUAUCAUGUUCGCAUCAAUGAGAAUUACUCCUAGUUCUUUCUUCCAAAGAAAGUUCAAAAUUUCUUCUGAUUACAUUUGAAGAAAAGGUUUUUGAUAAUCAUAGUGUUGUUGUAUGAUCGAUUUGUGAUAAGAAAGUAUGAACCACCAUCCAUCUGCUAUUGGGAGACAAACUUCAGGUAAUAGAGCAUUGAAAGACCUCUUGGCUCGACCUGAUAAUCGUGUAUGUGCAGAUUGUGGUGCUCCGGAUCCAAAAUGGGCGUCGUCAAAUAUAGGAGUUUUUAUAUGCUUAAAGUGCUCUGGUGUCCAUAGAGGCCUCGGCACACAUAUUUCAAAGGUUCUGUCUGUGACGUUAGAUGAAUGGUCUGACGAUCAAGUGGAUUCCAUGGUCGAGGUUGGUGGAAAUGCAUCUGCAAAUUCCAUUUACGAGGCUUAUAUUCCUGAAGGGGUGUCAAAGCCUAGGCCCGAUGCUGGCCCUGAAGAACGCUCUCGAUUUAUCAGGUCGAAAUACGAGCUUCAGGAAUUCUUGAAACCUAGCCUGCGUAUUCUGUCGACUACUUCAAAGCCCUCUUUUCGAGCAAGUAUGUCCGCCAAGAUUUCAGAUAGCUUUCGAAGUUCAGCUUCAUCACAGCAGUCAGAAGGCAUGGUGGAGUUUAUUGGAAUGCUGAAGGUUAAAGUACUAAAAGGCACGAAUCUAGCUGUCCGAGACAUGCUAUCUAGUGAUCCAUACGUCGUUUUGAAACUUGGAAAGCAGAGAGUUCAAACAGCUGUGGUGAAGAGCAACUUGAAUCCCGUGUGGAACGAGGAGCUCAUGCUCUCCGUUCCACAAGAAUACGGCCCCAUCAAGCUGGAGGUUUAUGACUACGACACGUUCUCCGCGGAUGAUAUAAUGGGGGAGGUCGAGAUAGACAUUCAGUCGAUGAUAACCUCUGCUACCGCGUUCGGGGACGUUGGGAUGUUCGAGAACAUGCAGAUCGGGCGAUGGCUGAAGUCGAACGACAACGCGCUGUUGGAAGACAGCACGGUGAAUAUUGUUGAUGGGAAGGUGAAGCAGUCAGUAUCUCUCAAGCUCCAGAAUGUAGAAUCUGGAGAGAUACAUCUUGAGCUCGAGUGGAUUCCUCUUGAUCAAUGAUACAUAGAUUCUUGUGUUUUAUAUCUUGAUAUAGAUUUUUUAAAUAUUUUUUUUAAAAAAAUUUAUCCUCAUUGUCAUUUUAAAGAUAAAUCUUCAAAGUGUAUCAAGUUUUAUUCUCUGGGAAACACUUUAGUAUAUUGUUG